AAUUGGCUCAUAACUCUGCAUUAUCGUACGAAACACGGGUAAUGGCUUCUUUCAAACCACGAACAGUGAUCUGCAUAGGAGACAUCCAUGGACACAUUUCGAAACUCGAAAAACUCUGGCUUAAUCUACAAACCGCCCUCGACCCAUCAGAGUUCACCACAGCUCUUGUCAUCUUCCUAGGCGACUACUGCGAUCGUGGACCGCAUACCCGACAAGUCAUUGACUUCUUGAUCGCUCUGCCGGAGAAACACCCCGACCAGACACACGUCUUUCUCGCCGGGAACCACGACUUCGCCUUCGCGGGGUUUCUAGGUUUGUUGCCACGUCCUUCGGAUGGAUCUGAGCUGAAGGAUACGUGGAGUGAGUUCGAGAAGAGCGAGGAGAGAGAAGGAUGGUAUAAAGGCCAAGGCUUCGAGGAUAUGCAUGUCCAGAGUAGAAGAUGGGCUGGCAAAACUAGGGAUCGAUUCGUUACGUACGCCGUUGGGGUUGAGUAUAUCGGAUCUAUUUACGAUGCUGGGUCGACUUUUCAAUCGUAUGGCGUCCCUCAUGGAUCUUCUGAUUUGAUGGAGGCAGUACCAGAGAGUCACAAGAAGUUCUUGACCAAUAUGGUUUGGGUUCACGAAGAGGAAGAUGUUUGUAUAGAAACAGAGGAAGGGCUCAAGCAAUGCAAGUUGAUUGCGGUACAUGCUGGGUUAGAUAAAUGGAAGAGUGUUAACGAACAGCUAGAGCUUCUGAGAGCUAAAGACACGAGCUUCUCGAGGGUACAACCUCUAAGUGGACGGAAAGACGUUUGGAACAUGCCACAGGAACUUGUUGAUAAACAACAGACUAUCGUAGUCAGCGGUCACCACGGGAAACUACACAUCGAUGGCUUGAGACUGAUCAUCGAUGAAAGCGGUGGAUACGAUUAUAAUCAUCUGGCUGCAAUCAUCCUUCCUUCUAAGAAGAUCAUCCGCGACACCGAUAUCUUCUCCAACCAACGUUAAUUUUCAACAGCUGCUCCAACUUCAAAUGUUGUUUCAAAUUAUCUCAUCGUACUUUUGUCUCAUCGAAUAUUCCAUCUUUCUAUCUUUAAUUAAAAGUCUUUCCAUCUA